GAUUGAACCUCUGACGGAGGAUGGGAGACACGCAGUCAGCACCGAGGGAGAGCGCCCAGGAUAGCGUUGCCGCUGCAAUGGAUGAUGUGCGACGACGCAGUGAGGAGCUCCUCAAAAGCAACGGGCGGCUCACCGGAGAACCGGACGGGCCGUUAGUGGGAGCUGCCAGCUUCCGUGAGGACGACAUCCCCCCUUCACAAGAGUCAGCCAUCCUUUCCCAAGCGGAGGAGGUUCUGCAAAAGCCUCCUGAAGAGGCGGACGACAUCACGGUGACCGAAUCGAGCAAAAAAGCCAACCAGAAAGCGGACGGUGAAGCGGAAGCAAAGCGUCACGACAUCAGCGAGAGCUUUAAGAAUUUCUUCAGCAAAUUUGUCUUGAUGUUCACAUUGAAGCGAACCUCAAGUGACCACGCCGAGAUAAGAAACGUCCCUGAAACCAACACAGAAGAAGCCGAAGUCGAGGACGCUUCUGACAAAACUGAACAAACUCCGACACAGAAAAGUGAUUCAAUAUGUCCACCCCGAAGAGAAACAGAGGAAGCGCUAAAAAAGCACAUUGAGACCAAAGAAGCACACAAACCCAGCGUUGACUAUGAAUGGACACACUUGGACACCGUGUACGAUCAGUGCCCGGCAUCGAGCACUCAAGACGAUGUAUCCGUGUCUCCAUUUAAAAGGUUUUUCACAACAGGAUUCUUUUCCGGAAUUCGGAAAAAGAGUUUGUCAGAGGGAGACGAGAACAGUACCAGAGACCUGGUUCAAGGGGAAGCCAAGGACACCGAAGCAAAACUUGAGCAAGAAAAAAUUUUGUUCGGUGAAGCUGAAAUGUCUAAAGAGACAGAAAAUGUUGUCGCCGGUCCUCCGAAUAAACUCGAUGUGAAACCGUCUGAAGACCAGGUUUUCUCCUCGACGGAUUUGCCAAUGAAUCCUAAAAAUCCUCCAGAAUUGACCGAGGCGGAAAAGGAAGAGAGUGCAUGGGUGACCUUUAAGAAACUCCUAUCUCCAAAGAAGCAUUCCAACCAGUCCCGCUUACACAACAAGGACACAGAAACCUUGAUCCCAAAUCAGGAGGAGGAGAAACAACCCAGUCUGGAAGAGACCAAAAACCGUAAAGAUUCCACAGUUUCCUGUGAUGCUGGAUCUGGAAGGAGAAGUCUCAGACCGUCAGACUCAGAUGAAGAAACACCUCGGACUGAUCACGGCGAUAAAUUCAGCAACGGCGUGGAAGCAACAGAAAUCAAUCCGGACAAAGGUGCGAUUCCAGCCUCUGCCCACAUUCAAGCCGGAAUCCCUGCAGACGGGAACGGAGAGUCUCCAUGGAAUGUCUUGAAAAGACUCCUAAGCCCAAAAAGGAAACCGGUAAGUCAUGAUAGUCCUGAAAACUCCUUGUGUUCAGCAAAUAUUUUACACGGACACAAAAAAAGAAAGUCAGUCACAAAGGAAGUCCAGGAAGAACCUGAAACUGAAGCGGAUCAGGACCUAAUUCUUGGCGACUUCCAAUUUGACACCAUUGAAACGGAUGUUAAAGCCAAAGAGACCGAUGUCGAGAGUCAAAUACCCAAUGAAAGCAACCAAGACAUCCUUGACCAGGUCGCAGAACCAGAGGCACCUUCGGAUGACCUGCUGACCGUAGACCCCAAAGUCCAAUAUGUUUCAGAAAACGAGGCCCAAGUCCCUGUUGAAGUUUCAAAGUUCAUCAGCAAACAACUCAGCGACAUUCCCGAGGAAAGCGAGAUGACAAAGACCACGGCCACUGCAGAAUCAGCCCCCCAAGAUCUUUCCAGAGAAGUCCCCGCAGCAGAAGAUAUGAUAUCUGAUGCCUUUCCUCCACCGGAACCUACCGAUGAUGGUGAAACUGAGAUGAUCUCAGUACUGUCCCGGAUAUCAGAGUCUUCAAAAACAUCAGGCGACAUGAUUCCUGAAAGACCGGUUCCUGCUGAAUCUGAAGUCAUGGAAACAGAAGAUCUUCUCAUGGUUGAAACCAUCUCCACAACACCGGAAGUGGUUCCAUUGAUCAGUUCUGCCUCUGAUCAAAUACUUGAACUGCUUGUCCACCAAGUGGAAGCCUGCUCCACAGAAACCACCAAUCAGAAUCCAAACGAGGACUUUGUCACCACAAAAAUGAAAGUCGAAGAAGCGACAGAGGCUGACCCGUCCCGGCCUUCAAACCCUCUAAACCGGGUGGACAGUAGCAAUGAGGUCCGUGAUCAUGAGGACCGCCUGAGUGACGUCAACAGAUCUUCAGAUUUGUUUGGAAGUCAAACCGAAGCCUCCAUUGUGGCGAGUCCAGAAGGUGAAUACAAAGAAGAAGAACUUGACCAGGAUACACCAUCUUUGCUGAAGUCUAUUAAUCAACUGGAAUUUGAGGACCUCGCUCCUGCGUUGGACGAGGAGCUGCAAAGAUCAGCAGAAUUAGAAGACGACACAAAAGAUACUCGAGAAAAAACCAAACAGGAAACAGCUCCUAGCGCUGAACCAAAUGAACCAGACGCGGAACAAGACGCUCUACUAGAUGUUAGCCAGCUAGUUGAAGUCACAGGAGCGUCAGAAGAGCAUCUUCCAGAAGCAUUAACAGAGGAACCAGAGCCACCAACAGAACUUUCAGAACCGGAAGUUCACAAGGAUUCUUUUGCCGAUUGCGAACGUUCAGAGAAAGUUCACGAGGAACUGAUUGCAGUUGAAAAUGAAAACAAUGAAGAUGCGGAAGAAGAUGCUGAAAUGUCAGAUUGCACACCUGAAGGAAGAACUGUUCAAGGUGAGGAGACUGCACCAGUGACAAAAACGAAUGCCGCACCAGACAACCAAGACCAGCAAUCAGUGAAUGUAUCCAAAAAUCAAAUAAGUCAAGAGAUCGAGCCGGCAGAAGAUGUGGAAGCAACGGAGGGAAAAUCAGAUGAUGUCAAUGUCCUAGCAAUUAAAUCAACAACAGAAACAGAAGUUCUCCAGGAGGACACCAUGCCGCUACCAGAAGACAACAUCGAAGUCGAAGACACAGACACCAAAGAGCCUGAAUUUGAACUUAUUCAAGAACUAAAUAUUUUAGGAGAACCACAAUUAGAGUCAGGCGAAGUUGAUGUCCAAGCCGUUGACAACAAAGUAGUAUCAGAAGACGUUCUUGUAGGAGAACAUUUGACUGAAGAAUCCAAAGAGCCUGAAUUUGAACUUCAAGAACUAAAUAUUUUAGGAGAAACACAAUUUGAAUCAGGCGAAGUUGAUGUCCAAGCCAUUGACAACAAAGUAGUAUCAGAAGACGUUCUUGUAGGAGAACAUUUGACUGAAGAAUCCAAAGAGCCUGAAUUUGAACUUAUCCAGGAACUAAAUGUUUUAGGAGAACCACAGUUUGAGUCAAGCGAAGUUGAUGUCCAAGCCAUUGACAACAAAGUAGUAUCAGAAGAUAUUCUUGUAGGAGAACAUUUGACUGAAGAAUCCAAAGAGCCUGAAUUUGAACUUAUUCAGGAACUAAAUGUUUUAGGAGAACCACAAUUUGAGUCAGGCGAAGUUGAUGUCCCAGUCAUUGACAACAAAGUAGUAUCAGAAGACGUUCUUGUAGGAGAACAUUUGACUGAAGAAUCCAAAGAGCCUGAAUUUGAACUUAAUCAGGAACUAAACGUUUUAGGAGAACCACAGUUUGAGUCAGGCGAAGUUGAUGUCCAAGCCAUUGACAACAAAGUAGUAUCAGAAGACGUUCUUGUAGGAGAACAUUUGACUGAAGAAUCCAAAGAGCCUGAAUUUGAACUUAUUCAGGAACUAAACGUUUUAGGAGAACCACAGUUUGAGUCAGGCGAAGUUGAUGUCCAAGCCAUUGACAACAAAGUAGUAUCAGAAGAUAUUCUUGUAGGAGAACAUUUGACUGAAGAAUCCAAAGAGCCUGAAUUUGAACCUAUCCAGGAACUAAAUGUUUUAGGAGAACCACAAUUUGAGUCAGGCGAAGUUGAUGUCCAAGCCAUUGACAACAAAGUAGUAUCAGAAGACGUUCUUGUAGGAGAACAUUUGACUGAAGAAUCCAAAGAGCCUGAAUUUGAACUUAUCCAGGAACUAAAUGUUUUAGGAGAACCACAGUUUGAGUCAAGCGAAGUUGAUGUCCAAGCCAUUGACAACAAAGUAGUAUCAGAAGAUAUUCUUGUAGGAGAACAUUUGACUGAAGAAUCCAAAGAGCCUGAAUUUGAACUUAUUCAGGAACUAAAUGUUUUAGGAGAACCACAAUUUGAGUCAGGCGAAGUUGAUGUCCCAGUCAUUGACAACAAAGUAGUAUCAGAAGACGUUCUUGUAGGAGAACAUUUGACUGAAGAAUCCAAAGAGCCUGAAUUUGAACUUAAUCAGGAACUAAACGUUUUAGGAGAACCACAGUUUGAGUCAGGCGAAGUUGAUGUCCAAGCCAUUGACAACAAAGUAGUAUCAGAAGACGUUCUUGUAGGAGAACAUUUGACUGAAGAAUCCAAAGAGCCUGAAUUUGAACUUAUUCAGGAACUAAACGUUUUAGGAGAACCACAGUUUGAGUCAGGCGAAGUUGAUGUCCAAGCCAUUGACAACAAAGUAGUAUCAGAAGAUAUUCUUGUAGGAGAACAUUUGACUGAAGAAUCCAAAGAGCCUGAAUUUGAACCUAUCCAGGAACUAAAUGUUUUAGGAGAACCACAAUUUGAGUCAGGCGAAGUUGAUGUCCAAGCCAUUGACAACAAAGUAGUAUCAGAAGACGUUCUUGUAGGAGAACAUUUGACUGAAGAAUCCAAAGAACCUGAGUUUGAACUUAUUCAAAAACUAAACGUUUUAGGAGAACCACAAUUUAAGUCAGGCGAAGUUGAUGUCCAAGCCAUUGACAACAAAGUAGUAUCAGAAGACGUUCUUGUAGGAGAACAUUUGACUGAAGAAUCCAAAGAGCCUGAAUUUGAACUUAUCCAGGAACUAAACGUUUUAGGAGAACCACAAUUUGAGUCAAGCGAAGUUGAUGUCCAAGCCAUUGACAACAAAGUAGUAUCAGAAGAUAUUCUUGUAGGAGAACAUUUGACUGAAGAAUCCAAAGAGCCUGAAACUAAACCUGAGCCAAAAGAAGACCAUCAGACGGCGGAUGAAAAACCGAUGUCCGAAGGUACACUUGUGGAAGACACUGUGAAAGAUGAAGUCCAAAACAGAAAUUUGCCUCUGUCCGAGUUCGGCGUUACGCUUAUAAAGGAAGAAGAGGACGUAAUUGAAGGCGUAAAAGACCCAGACCAAGCUGAUGUCAAGAUAGUAUCACACGACAAUCAUCUCCACGAUGCAAUGGCUGAAGAAUCCAAAGAGGAAACGGGACCUAUUGUGGAAAAGGAUGCAUCCAAAAACGAUCAAGCCGAAUCAAGACACACAGAAUCAGAUGAAAUCAACAUCAAAUUACUUAAAUCCGAAGAAGCCAUCUUUGCAGAAGAAACAAAGACAGAAGAACCCAAAAAAGAGGAAGUGGUUAAACCUGAAAAUGAAGAUCAGAACGCGGUGUCUGUCAUCAAAACUGAACUUGGACCAGAACGAGUUCUUACGGGAGAGGAAGAAGAAACAUCAGAUGACAUCGAGAAGACUUUAUCAGUGAGAGAAAUGAAUGUCGAAGCAGAGACCCAAGAUCAGGAAGCAGCGAAUGCAUCCAAAAAAGAUACGGAGCGGCCAGAAGAUGCGGAAGUAAGAGACUUCCAACCAGAUGAUGCAAAUGUCCAAGCAAUGGAAUCAAAAACAGUAUUUUCCAAUGAAACAUUUAGAGAAGACCUCAGUGAGGACACUGCACAGCUCGAUGAAGACAACGUUGAGGUAGAAAGCAAAGACACCAAAGAUGAAGUUCAACUUAUCCGUGAAAAAGUGGAAUUAAACGCAGCACAGGAUGAGGUUGACGUCCAAACACUUGACAACAAAUCAGAAGACAUUCUUUCCGAAAAACAUGUGACUGAAGAACCCAAAGAAGAGACUGAAACUAAAGUUGAGGCAGAGGAAGACCACCAUGAAUCCCAGACUAAUCCUGCUAAAGAGGUAGAAGUAGCAGAAGUUGAAGUGAACGAGGAAAUGUCAGAAGGCGAGUUUGCAGAAGAAACUGUGAAAGUUGAAGUCAAAGACAGAACUCUGACCGAGUUCAGUGUGGAGCUCAUGAAGGACGAGAAGAACGUGGAGGAUGCAGCUACAAUUCAGCUUAUUCCAGAACACCAAGUAACUGAAGCCGUGGAAGACACACAUGAAGUCCACGAACCUUUCACUGAAGUAUCAGACGGCCCUCAUCCGGAGAAGACGAUGGCAGUAGAACUACAGGAGAUGGGGCCUCUGGUAGAAGAAGAUGCAUCUGAAGCCCAAUCAACACAGUCAGACUCCGAUGAAAUCCCUGUCCGGUUACUUAAAUCUGAAGAAGCAAAGUUAGAAAAACCCAAAGAGGAGCAAGUUCCUCCGACUGCCAAUGUUGAAGACCAGAAAGCAGCAGUUGGAGCCCAAACUGAACUUGCACAAGGGCAAGCUGUUGCAGAAGAGGAUGAAGAAAUAUCAGAAGGUUCUCCUAACCACGACGGAAGUGUUCCAAUUGAGGGAACUGUGCCAGGGACAGAAAAUAAUGUCCAACCAGAAGACCAAGACAAAGCAGCAGUGGAAAUUUUAAAAUCGGAGAAAGUUGAUGUGCUUAAAUCCGAAGAAAUAUCAGAUGAUCUUCUUGCCAUGGGAAAUACGAUAGGUCAAAUCAAAGAGGAACUUGAACCUCCACCUGAAGACAGUCCAGCGCCAGAGAGCAUUGAUGAGGCAGCAGUAAAUUCAAACAGAACUGCCCCCGAAUCAAAGGAAAAUAAGGUCCAAUCAGUGCAAAGAGAUGUUACGGCAGAAGGUAGUCUGGGAGAGAAGAUUUUGUCCGGACAAGAAGCAACCACCGAGGACAAACCUGAAGACGAGACGUUGCUAGAAGAAACUCCGAGGCCAGAGAAGGAAAAGGAAACUCUGACUGACUUUCAUGAAGUGGAGGCUCAAAAAACAGAAACUGACAUUGAUGACUUCAAACCAGAAGAAUUCCACACACCAGAAAUCACAGAGGAAUUGGACGCAUUUGCAGCUGAACAUGUAUCUCCGGACAAAGGAGAAACAAGUUCCGCUCAGAUAUUUGAACAUGUUGUUUACGAAGUCAUUCCAACAUCUUGUGGAGAUCUUGACGUGCGCCUGAAUGAUGUGGGAACCAGAACAGAGGACGAAGAAGGUGAUCUUAGAAAGGCCGAGGUGAGGACCAGAGCGAAUGUACACGCUUUGGUUAUGCAAGUAACAACGUUCCACCUUAAAGACGUCUCUGCUUCAGUUGAAAAAACAUCAGCGGAACAAGAACAAGUCAUAAGCUCGUUCAUAAAUGAGUCCGAGAAAACAAAAACCGUAACGGAAACCCAGCGGCAACAGGCAGGCAACGAGGUCGUGACGAUGCAUUUGCCAGCGACCCUGAUCAAGGGUAAUCCCGGAAUUCCAGCACAAGUGGUCGACGUUAACCCGACCACAAAAGACGACCAAGAAGUCAUCAAUGUGUGUCACGGAAGUGUGGAGAAACUUUCAGCAGUUUUGGAAGUUGAGGAAGUAUCCAACGAGGGAAAUGUGCCGAUCCUUCAAGAGGUUCAUGAACAUGCGAAGAGGACCCAAUCUGAGACAUUACCAGAAUCUGGAGAACCAGACAAAGUGAAGAUUUUGGCAGAAGCGCCUCAAGAGGAUAUCCCGCAAAGUUUCGAUGUUUCCGUGCAAGGGGAAAAAAACAAGGAUUACGUGGAAAAAACUGAAGUGAGGACAGAGGACGCAACAUUCCCAUCGGUAGACGUACCUGCAAAUAACGCUAAUAUGGACACCACUGCAGCAGGAACCUUCCAAAACCAAACACUAUCACUCAGUCAUCUUGGAGUAGCCACAAAUCUUUCUUUGUCCGAGCAGGAAAAAACACUAUCUUCCAUAAAAACCACAACAAGGCAAAACGAAGAAGAACCACUAGUUACGGAAGUGGAUGAGGAAGUAGAGGAGACAACGCUAAAUGAGGACUACAUGUCCAAGAUAUACACAGAGCCUACUGAAGGUUCUCACAGACCAGAUACUGAACACCACUUAUCCCAAACAGACCUAGUUGAUAGUCACAAAGACUUAGAAAUGGCUGAAGAAUGUGAACCAGUAGAGGAAGAACCCUUAUCUCAGAUAGAUACAGCUGAUGUAACACACAAAGUGGUUCAAGUCCCAGGAGCAGUAUCCGAAGCAGUUGGUAUCCAACAACAGAAAGAGGAAACUGAGGACAUUGCACAGCACCCAGUAGCAGAAAAACCAUUAACCCAGAUGGAUCAUUCUGAUAGCCUAGAAGAAAAACAGAUAAGAGACGUUGUUCUUCUGGCCGAAGUAUUCGAAAAGCCCUCAUCCCAAGUAGACACAGUUCAAAUUGAACAUCCAGAAGUAACCCGUGGAAGAGUUCAGGCAAUGGAAGAAACCCUAUCCCAGAAGACUGAGCCAAUAAAUCCAGAUCCGGUUGAUAACCAAAAAAAAGUAUCCAUGGAAGUUGUUCAGAUCCCGGCACCAGAAGCGCCCCAUGUUGACACAAGUGUUAGUUCUAAACAAGCAAAGCUAACUGAAAUUAGCGUCGCGGCACCAGAAGCAAAAGCGCUCAGAGUCAUAACAGAUACAAUAGAGCAAGCAAAAGAACGUUUAUCUCAAAUGGGAAGUCUUUGUGCCACAGGAGCAGAAGACUUCCCGUCAGAACCACAACCAGAUACAGAUUUAAAUGAGGUUGGCUUCCAGGCACCAGGAACUGAAGAGCAGACAGAACUACCUCAGGAAGACGCUCCGGGAACAUACACAGAGGAGCCUUUAGCCCAAAUGACCAAGCUAACUGAGAAAGCUGUUCACACCCAAGACCUGGAGAAGUCCUUAGCCCUAAGCGAAAAAGACACGGCACUACCUGAACACAUACCAGAAGCAGGAGAGGCCAUACCACAAACCGAUGCCAAUAUUCAUGAACAGGCAAAGAAACCUGAAGAGGCUGUUCAGAUGCCAGAAACCGAAGAGUCUAUACUGGUAAAUGACCCAGCAGACAGACAGAAACCAGCACAAACUGAGGAACAUGUUCAGGAACCAGAACCAGAAAAACCCAGGUCACAAACAGAUUAUGUCAAUACCCAUAAAGAGACAUACAAACCAGAGGAAGCUGUUCAGACCGCAGAAACUGAAGAGUCCUCAUCUGCAAAAGACCCAGCAGACAGCCAGAAACAGACAGCGCUAAUGGACGAACAUGCUCGGGUACCAGAAGCAGAAGAGUCCAUGUUAAAAACAGAAUCAGUCAACAUUUAUGAAAAGGCACCACAACCCGAAGAAUGUGUUCAGGCAAAACAAACUGAAGAGUAUUUAUCCCAGAAUGACAUAGUUCAGAACCAGAAACGGACAGAUCUCACCAAGGAACAUGUCCAGGAACCCAAAGUAGGAAAGGUUCUAUCUGGAACAGUUCCAUUUGAGAGCCACAAAGAGAAAGUGCUAACAGAGGAACAUGUGAAGGCACUACAAGCAGAUGAAUCCAUGGCCGAAGAAAGUCCAUUGAACCAGGCACAAACAAAACUAUCUAAAGAACAGCCUGGAGAACCACAAGCAGAGGAGUCCUCAUGCCAAAUAAAACCAAUACAGAGCCAAAAACUGGAACAUGACGUAGAGGAAUCCUUAUCCAAAACAGACGCAGUUGACAGUCAAAAACAGACCGUGCUACCGCAGGGAUGUUUCCAGGACCCAGAACUUGAGGAAUCUUUAUCCCAAAUAUAUACAACUGAGAGUCACCCACAGGUGGAACUCGCUGAGGAACACGUUCCGAAACAAGAAGAAGAUAAGCCCUUAUCUCUAACAGAUUCAGUUGAGAGGGAGAAAGAGUCAGAACAUGUUAUGGAACGAGAAACUCCAAGCAGACAUAGUUGAGG